CUCAUGGGGAAAAAAAACAAACACGAAGACAGUCCAUGGGCGUGACAUAUCACCCCUCUCCCCGAAGGCAUGUCCUUGUGCUACAUACAAUCAAGAGGUAGGAGGGUGGGCGACUUCCGGAUCCGGGCACCAUGUCAGAGCCAGCAUUUCGGGGGGCCAUGGCGGAGCAGGCAGCUCAGGGAGCAAUGGCAGAAAAGGCAGUCCAAGGAGCCAUGGUGGAACAGGUAGUCCAGAGGGCCUUGGCGGGACAGCCUCUGCACUUGGCAACAGCCCUACCUGGGCUAUACUCUGGAUCUGAGUCCCUACCUGGGCUGGACGAGGGAACAGGAGCCCUCCCUGGGCUUGACGGGGGGACUGGAGCCCUAUCUGGGCUGGAUAUGGAAACAGGAGCCCUCUAUGGGCUAGACUUGGAGACAGGAGCCCUUUCGGGACAGAAUGUCGGGACAGGAGUCCUCUCUGGGCUAGACUCAGGUGCUGAGGCCCUCCCUGAGCCAGAAGUGGGAACAGUAGCCCUCUCUGGGCUUGACUUGGAAACAGGAGCCCUCUCUGGGUCGAAUGUGGGAACAGCAGCUCUCUCUGGGCUUGACUUGAAAAAAAGGAGCCCUCUCUGGGCCGGGUUUGUGAACAUAUGCUCUCUCUGGGCUGGAAUCAGGAACAGCAACCCUCCCUGGGCUUGUGAGCAGAGCGGUGGGGGGGUGGCAGUCUUGACUGGGAAGCAGCCGGCAGACUUGAGAGAAGAACACCUGCACCAUUUCCAGGAUGUACCACCGCCUAAUGGAGGGGGCUCUGUCCUGUGUAAGGUCCUUACCACUGCGGGUGGAAAGUUUCUGGAGACCUCUUGGUCGCAUCCAGGGACCAUAGAAGGAAGUUCCAGAGAUCUGGGCACAGGUGCCAAAUUGUGCCCUUCCCCUGAGAAAGGAGCUUCUUUCUCAGAGGGAUGUGCCAGGAAGGGAUUGAUGAUAGGAGCACGAGCUCCGAGAACCAGGUUCUGUUGGGCCAAACAGGGCUACCAGAAGAAUCUGUUCUGUAUUCUUCCCAACAUUGCACAGUGUCUGUGCAAUAAGGCUCACUUGGGGAUAAGCGUGUUUACGUAA